GUAGAUCUUCGCAAAACCCUUCUCUAUCAAAAACAUCAGAAAGAGGGGCGACGCAGACGCAGUUCUGUUCUCUGUUGUUUGGUAGCUUAGAAACCAUGGCAGAUAUAGAGACAGGAUCGCAAUUCCAUGACCUGGAAGAUGAAGUAUCAGAAAGGAAGAAGAGAAGGAAAGAAAAGAAGAGGAAGAGAGAUAAAGAGAAAAAGAUAGAAGAGGUGGAGGCUAAUAUUGAGGAAGAUAAAUUGCAGGCUCAAAUUCAGGUCUUUCCUGACAAGGCUGAAAAAAUCCCUCCAAUAGUGGGAUAUUUCCCAUCUGGGUAUGAUCCGUGCAGACAAGAGUCAGAACAACAAUCACCAACUGCUAGGGUAUACAGACACCAGGCCAAGAACCGGUCUGGGAGGCUGCAUCUGGUGGUGCGCCCGCCAAAAACGAAGGUGAAUUUCGUGGGUACAAACUUUUCAGGGGAGGCAACUGCCCCGCAGUUCUGUACUUAUGCGCUUGGAGUUUUGGACAAGGAGACACAUACUUUGAAGAUUAUGCCAAUUGCUGGGAACAAGAUAUUUAGAAUGGAACCCAAUGUUGGUGGGUCAGACAUCGUCGCUAAGGAACCUUCAGAUAUGGCACAGUCAGAUAUUUCUGAACCGAAAACAGAUGGAGAUGUUGAUAGUCGACGGUAUUGGACGAAACGGGCUAUAAAACAGCAUAAAAAGUUGCAUGCUCUGAACCAAGAGGAUGAUCCAGAAUCACAGAAAAUUGUGGGUGAUAAAAUCAAGGAAGUUGUAGCAAACAAGGAGGCUCUUGAAGGUACCAGUGCAGAUGUUGCUCGAAAUGUUCCACCUCAUAAUGCUUCUGCUACCGUACCCGAGGAGGCUUAUCCACUGGAAAAGAUUAUUCUCAGGGGAGAGUGGGACUUCCUUAUGGAUAUUUAUGAGGUUUUGCAAGCGGAAGCAGAAGUAGUUAUUAAGAAUUACCCAAUUUUCGUUGGCAACCGAAUCCAGAGAUUGCAGGAAAUUCAGGAUGAUGAGGAGAAGAAGACGCUGUGCUGCAUUCUAUCUUACAUUGCUCAUCUUAUAAAGUUCAAAGAUCUGCAUUCGAUGGACGGUUAUUCCUCUGCGAAGAACCAUAAAUUUCCAAGCAUUUUACGCCAGAAGUUCGGUACUAUGUUUGAUCCAGAGUCAAAAAGGCUGUCGACUGUGAAAAAUGACCUUCUCAUCAGUUACGUUUUGGUGCUUACUCUAUAUGCUGAUGGAUUCCGAACUAGCAUUUCAGACAUAGCUAAGGAUUUGAGGAUGCAUUCAUAUAUGUUGAGAGCACACUUUGAAAAUUUGGGGUGUAAGCUCGGUCAAGAAAACAAGUCUUUGGUUGCAACCCUCCCAGUCCCUCUCAAAUUUCCGGAUGUAAGGCGGAGGAGACGGCGUUAAGUGGAUCAAGUGAUCAACCAUCAGCGAAUUAAUUUUGGGUUUUUUUUUUGUUUUCCCUAUGCUAGCCGUUUGUUUAGUUGGAGAAAAAAAAAAUACGAAUUUGCAUUUUGAAGGCAUUUGCGUUCUAGUUUCUUUCAGUGUGUUUGGAAGCAAUUUUGUUAAAGUAUUACUGCAAAACCAGUUUCUUUCUUACCAUUAAAUUAUGAAGUUUGAUGAUUAUUAUGUAAUGAGAGCUCAUGUACCGAUCUCAAACUUUUGAGAUAAAAACUUUGAUGUUGAUGACGACUAUCUUAGAGUCUCAUUU